GCCGGGGAGGGGAAGGGGCGAUCUCCCGGUGGCGCCGGGCCGCCCUCCGUACAGGUUAUGUGUAUGAAUGGUUAUAAUUACCUGAAUAAUUAGAAGGAUAAAGCAUCUCUGUGUCUGAUUAGCCAAAUAAAAACCUGAUAGGAAGGGGGUGCAAUGCAGACAGCAAGCUCUUUGUGGCAGCUGCUUCCUGACUAGUACAGAUUCCACUGCUGUGAAGACUGUGUUUAUACAUCUUCCCAUGCUUCAGUAGCCUAGCGAAGACAGUCCUAGUCCCAAGCGACAACGCCUUUCCCAUUCAGUCUUUGACUACACAGCAGCAUCACCAGCCCCAUCACCACCAAUGCGACCAUGGGAGAUGACAUCAAAUAGGCAGCCUCCUUUGACCCGACCCAACCAACACCACUUCUCAGGGGAACGAUGCAACACACCUGCACGAAACAGGAGGAGUCCUCCUGUUCGACGUCAGAGAACAAGGAGAGAUCGUUUGUCUAGACAUAAUUCUAUUAGCCAGGACGAAAACUAUCACCAUCUCUCCUAUGGACAGCAGCAAGCAAUAGAAGAGCCUCGAGCCUUUCGCCCACCGAAUGUAUCUCCUCGUAUGUUGCACCCAGCUGCUCACCCACCACAGCAGAAUGCAGUGAUGGUUGACAUUCAUGAUCAGAUUCAUCAGGGCACAGUUCCUGUUUCAUACACAGUGACAACUGUGGCUCCUCAUGGAAUACCACUUUGCACAGGCCAGCACAUUCCAGCCUGCAGCACGCAGCAGGUCCCAGGGUGCUCAGUGGUUUUCAGUGGCCAGCACCUUCCAGUUUGCAGUGUGCCUCCCCCAAUGCUUCAGGCGUGCUCAGUCCAGCACCUACCUGUACCAUAUGCAGCAUUUCCACCCCUCAUUUCUAGUGACCCAUUUCUUUUGCAUCCUCCUCAUAUCUCUACACACCACCCUCCUCACUUACCUCCUCCAGGACAGUUUGUUCCUUUCCAAGCACAGCAGUCACGGUCGCCACUUCAAAGGAUAGAAAAUGAUGUAGAAUUGCUUGGAGAACAUCUUCCUGUAGGAGGUUUUACAUACCCUCCCUCAGCCCAUCCACCAACGUUGCCUCCCUCAGCUCCUCUUCAAUUCUUAGCCCAUGAUCCAUUACACCAGGAGGUGUCAUUUGGGGUCCCUUACCCACCUUUUAUGCCUCGAAGACUCACAGGGCGCAGCAGAUACCGAUCACAGCAGCCAAUACCACCACACCCUUACCAUCCCAGCCUAUUACCUUAUGUGCUAUCAAUGCUCCCAGUGCCACCGGCAGUUGGACCAGCUUUCAGCUUUGAGUUGGAUGUGGAAGAUGGAGAGGUAGAAAACUAUGAGGCACUGCUGAAUUUGGCAGAACGUCUGGGAGAAGCCAAACCACGGGGAUUAACAAAAGCAGACAUUGAGCAGCUUCCAUCCUAUAGGUUCAAUCCAAACAAUCACCAGUCAGAGCAGACAUUAUGUGUGGUGUGCAUGUGUGAUUUUGAGUCAAGGCAGCUACUUAGAGUCUUACCCUGUAACCACGAGUUCCAUGCCAAGUGUGUUGAUAAAUGGCUGAAGGCAAAUCGUACCUGCCCGAUUUGUAGAGCUGAUGCUUCAGAAGUGCAUCGUGAUUCAGAAUGACCAAUCUAAGAGCACAGAUCUGGUUUGGGUGUUUCUGGUCACAUGUAUAUAUGAACUCUAUUGAACUUACCUACCCAUGUGGCUUCCAGCCUACCCUUUUACACAAAAGGGUCAAUGGACCUUACUUUGCACUGUGUGACUUAAUCAAUUAUAAAGCUUAUAACUAGUCUUCACAGUUACGGGAUUGUUCUACUAACAAGUGUGAUUGGAACUCCAAAGAUUUUUUUUUUUUUUUUUAGCUUAAUUUUGUGUGUGCACUAACAUUCCCUGGGUUUUGUGUGAUCAUUCCGAGUAUUGCUGCGAGAUUACUGUGGAUGUGAUCUUUUAGCAUGUGCUUUUAUAUAAAAGAAAAAGAAAAAAAAAAGUGGUAGCUCCAAACAAUAUAGCAAUCUACCUUAUAUAGAGCCUUCAGAUACUGUGAGUGGGGAUGAACAGUGUGAGUGUGUGUUUGCCUGUGAGAGGGUGAGUGAAGCGCGCUUGUGGCUGGCUGUGUGUGCGCGUUUGAGAACCUAUAUACCAGCAUGUACUGAGAACGUAUGUGUGUAGUAAUAAUUAUGCUGCAAUGUAUAAUCUUGUGUGUUAUUUAAACAGUACUAGUACUGUACACUGGUUCCUUUCCUUGUGUUUGCAGUUGCACACUGAAUGCAAUGGGUGCAGCAAUUACAGACAUUUAGUAUUUUGUCCCCAAUGUACUUACAGGUGUAACGACCUUUCUACCUACUACUAUUCAAACAGCUGUUAUGCUUCCCUUUCACUGGAGGCUUUAAGUGUGUACCACUAAAGAAUGCAUUGAUUGCUCAUACAUGAGUAACCUUGGGGGUUUUAUCAUAUGUUACAAAGUCUGUAUUUUUUAAUAGCUGAUUUACAAGUUAUUUUAUCAAUGUAGAGUUGCAAUAUCACAUUUAGCAAUACUAAUGUUUUCAAUUGCUAAUAUGAAUAUCAAUGUUUUUCUGUUUUCCUUUUAAAUUCUCUAGCUGGGUUUACCAGUUAUGUGUUUCUUCCAUGAAAGGAAGCAGAAAGUACACUGAGGGUGUCCUGAUCUUGUGGAACAGCUCUUAACUUUUCCCAUUGUACUUGCUAAGGACAUCAUCUUUUAGCUUAUAAACAUUGGCUUUAAUCACAUACAUUCUUUGUCAUCUACAAGGAAGUUGGUAUGUAACUAAAAUAACUUGUAAAAGGUUACAAUUUUAUUCCUGCAAUUUCAUUAAUAAAAUACAUUUUUUAGUGUUUUCUCAGAGAAGUAGAAUUUAAUAUUUCUUUCAUCCUGUCACAAGAAGAGGUAGGCUUUGGUCAUUACCUGCAGAAUUCACUUGCCCUAAUGCUGCUUCCUUCCCUUCCUUACUUCAUGAUGAGUAUAAUAGGAAGAAGGAACUCCCUAGGUUUUUGCAAUCAAGUUUCCAGAGUGCUCCACUAGAGGAGAAAUUUGGAAUACUUUCCAGAACAGUUCUGUGAAAUAGGAGGGGAUAAUGUCUAUUCAAGUGCUCUGAAUAAUAUUUUAUUUGGGCUAUUGAAAAAAAUGAGCUUUCUUUGUAAUAUUUACACUGUUAACAUCUCUGAUGUCUUCUAGCAAAAUCUUUUAGGUCUGUAUAUACCACAGUUACUAAAAGGAUGCACUUUUUGCAUUUAAACUCUUCUCAUAAAUUCAUUGUCAUUGCUUUGGUUGCAGCAGCACAAGUGGCACAAUUACCAGUAUUGCUACAGCUUGCUGCCAGUCUCAGCUUUAAGUUUAUUCUUUAUCAUUUCUGAUGCUUUUGUAUGCUGCUAUGCUUUAGUAUCAGUUAAAAUUUCCAGCAGUGAUGGGUGUUCUCCAUGCUGGUUUUCCUCUUUGAAGAUUUUACAGACCAGUCACAGCUCUUGGUGCAGCUAAAUAAAAGCACAAUUUUACCCUGUUUUAGAUGUUUUUCCCUCUUUAGUUAUGCAGGUAGUUCUCAAAAACAGUGAAGCUUUCCAUACCCAUCCUUACAUAGGAACACUAAAUAAGUAAAAAUGCCGUUACUUCCACUUCAAAAUAUUAGAAUUUCUUUUUCCUCUCUUCCAGUGGAGUUAAAGAAUAGGCUUUUCACAAUAGCACCUAGCAGGUUAAAUUACAUGUAAUAAAAUUUAUUUUUUUAACAAAUAAAAUCAUGUUUAAAAAGCAUAUGCCACGUAUGUCUUACAAAACUUAGCCUCUUUUAUAUAACUGCAAAAGAAAAAAAAUCCAUGUACAGAUUUAAACAUGACUAACGUUUCUGUGUCUAGUAUUCAGUUCAAAGCAUGGAAAGAGGGUACUUUUUCUAAACUUGAUACAAGUGCACAAGACACAUACUUCUGAAGCUGAGGGAAAGUAGUUCUCUUUCUGGAACUGGAGAAAUGUCCCUUUUCCCCCACUAAAAUUCAGUGAGACAAUGGGAGAUCUAGGAGAUGGAGGGUCUAAGUUGGUAAAAUCCUGCAAUUAAUUGUUGCACUCUUAUGGCUCAUCUCUUCUGGAAUGGUUCUUCGGUUUGCAUGGAUGAAUGUGGACUUGCUUCCCGUGGUUAGUGUGUACAAAGAGCACACAUGCUUGUGUUUUGAAUCAGCUCAGACAGGCUACAACCACAUCCUCUGUGGUGACUGUCAAGGGCAGGGGAUUUAUGUUCAGCUCUUAACUGCCAUGUAUUAUGCACAGCUGCCGUGGUGCCUGACAGCACCUGAAUUCAGCAACACUUCCCUUUAUGUUCAUUGCCUUUCUGCCAGCCAAUGACUCUUUUUUCUCCAAAAAAACAAAAAUAUCUGACCUCCAAUAUGUUUGCUUUAUCAUAUUGGCACUGCUGUGUUUUUUUGCAUAAACUGUCAAUUUAAUUUGACAUUUUGGUGGAUAUCAAGGCCUACAGAUAAUUCCAGUGUCUCAUUUUUUUGUCUUUCUUUAGAAAGAAGAAGUAAGGCCAUGUGUUGUACGUCAUUUUAUACAGGCUCUUGAAUGUGACUUCACAGCUGUUAAUACAAUGCAUAAUACUUGGGAUGAGACUUACCAACUGUUUUAAUUUUAAUUAUAGAAAACAGUUUCAACUGAGUUAUCUUUGGGCCUUUGUAAAAGCUGUGGUUUUUUCCUUUGGUACAUUGUUACCUCAUUUUGCUACUUUUGUUUCAGACUUGCUAAUUAUUAUGAAAGCUUAUGGUUUUUGUUGGAAUCAUAUUUUGUUAAGUGUUUUCUUUAAAUCAUAUGCUAUUGUAUCAUUUAACAUGUAGUUUUAAAUGUACUAUAAAUAUCUGUAACCAAAUCAUUUGAAGGCUUGAUAAAUUUUUAACAAAAUUUGUACAUUUUUUAUGAGAGUUACUAGUAAUGCUUUACUAGGUAGUGCAAUGAAUUUUUAUUUUUAAUCCCUGUGCCCAAUUUUGGAGUUGAGAGAGUUGUUCGGUAAUAAAUGUAUGAUGUACACUUACA